CGCCGCCUGGAAUUAGCUGGACCGGGCGAUGGUGAUCCGGUACCCCCUGCGAGGACAGCGCCCGAGCGGCGAAUCCGAGCCAGGGUCCGACGGGGGUAAAAGGAGGAAGGGAUGACUAUUGGGGACCCACGCAGGCUAAUUAACGGGAGCACCAGACCUGGCUCUGCUCGCCCUCAGCUGGAGGACAAUGGCAAGCGUUUCUCUGCCGGGCUCGAGUGUGUCCUUUCCUCUCUUCAAGCCGCGAUGUCGUUCCUCUCUUUUGUCAGCAGCAGCAGCAGCAGCAGCAGCUCUUUUUGCCUGUGCUGUGUCUUGAGGGGAAGUUCAGAGGCUGUGUGACACUGUCAGCACUCCUCUGUGGGCUGCGAGGCUGACGACAUAGAGUACUCGCCGACAACCGAGGAGAGGAAGUGGAGUUUAAAACUGCGAAAGCCUCACGGUCAUAGACGGGAACAAGGGUGAAUAAAUAAUUGUGGCAUUUAAACAUUGCCCAGCAUUUUCUGUUUCCCCCCUGUGACGUGUGACGCGGCCCUUUCCUUUCCUGUACGUCCCCUUCCGUCCCCCCCCCCCCCCCCGCUACUGCCCAAACCCUAAACUCCCCGCCUUCUCUAAGGCGCGUUCACGAACCAUGAAUGUAGCCGAGCACGCGCCUCUGUCUGUACAGCAUUCAUAAAACCUCCGAGAGAUGCUGAAUGCAUCCCUCAAUUCUCCCAGCUCAGGCCUCAAUCACCCCUGGCAACAAAGGACGCGUAACCUGGCCCUGUGUACGUUCCCUAGUCAAGUCUGUGAGUGGCUGAUGUAAAAGUCACUCAACUAUCAAUUAAACCAGGCACUUUGUUUUAUGGCAGCUCACUCAGCAACCAGUGCACAGCAACAAAGACCCACCACCAUACAGUUAGUGUAGGCCCUCUGUGUGUGAGUGUGUGUUGGUUGAACAGGCUGCCUCACAUCGAGCACAGCAUGGCCCCGAAGAAGAAGACAAAAAAGACUGCAGAGAAAAUUCCAGAAAAAAGUGAAAAUGAAUUGGAAGAAAAGUACAGGCACAGUAUUCUGGAUAUAGCCAUUCUGCAGGAUCACAUUGCCUUACAGUGUGAGGCAGUAAGAAAGGUCCAGUCUGACAGAGCUGACCUAAGGAGACAUGUGAGGGGCAUGGAACAGAAGCUGCAGCACGAGAGACAAGACCACAGGGACAUCUACUGGGACCUCAGUCGCCAGUACAAAACCAUGCAGACCAAACUGACCAACAAGGUGAAGAAGCUGGAACAGGAACUCAGCCAGCUGAAGGAAGACCUUGUUUUGUCUCAGGAGGAACUGAGCAAAGAGAAAAGGGAGCGUAAGCAAGUGGAGCAGGAGAAGGAUGCUGUCAUAGCAAACCUUCAACACAAGCUGGACAACAUGGAAUCAGACUAUCAGAAGGUCCUUCAUGAGACUCUCGACAGCCUGAGUUCCCAGCUGUCUGUGGCUCGACAAGGUUGGGAAGACGAGAGCACAACCCUUCAUCAAAAGUACAAGGAGCUGCUCUCUGAAUUUGGCCUGAAUGCACUUGACAUUUAAAAUACAGGAUCCUGACAUAUACAGUUCGUCUUUUUCUACACAGCUACAAGCAGAACAAACAUACUGGUUUGUCCUCCAUGGACACGAUUAAUGAAGAGAUUCUAAUUUGAACUCUGCCAUCGGAACAUUCACUGAAAGACAAAUGACGCUCUGUAAAUGAUGGAGCCAUUAUGGAAAUUGACUGAUAUUUAUCUCAGUCAUUGAAACUUUCACCCAGGGUCAACAGAGACCAGCGACCUGGCCGACACUCAAAAC